UUUGUCGUUGUUGUUCAUAUCGUUCACACAUAAUUUAUUGGAUAUUGCAGAAUGAGUCAUAAAAGUGACGCAUUGCAUGAAAAAUUUAAAACUUUGCCCAAUAAAAUUUACGAGGAGAAUUUAAAGGAAUUGAUCAAGCAGAAACUUAAUUUGUCAUGUGAUGAAUAUGAAAUUAGAUACAGUGAAGGAUCCUCUAAAGGAGAUAACUACAUUGGAAUUAUAUAUCGAGCGGAAGAACAAAAAGGAAUAAGUUCCAAACAUGACGGAUUUCAUGAAGUUCCACUUUGCUACAAAACUUUGACUGUCGAACCAUUCGAAGGACUUUACAUUGAGGAUUUAAAAGUAAAAGGAUUUGAAGUUUAUGAUAGAAACAAGGAAUUGACAAAAGAACAUGUUAUGCUAGUCAUGGAAGUGCUUGCAAAAAUGCACGCAAUAUUUUAUUGUAUGAAAGAACAAGAGCCGGACUUGAUUGAUGUUUACAAAAAGAGAAAUGACUAUUUUAUCAUGAGAUGUGAGCGAAAAGGAUCUCUAAUGUCAUCUUGGUACGAAGACUCAAGAGAUCAAGCACUGGAAGUUGUCGAAAAAUGUGGAAAUUCAGAACUGAUCAAAAAAGUACGAGCAUUAUUAUCAGAAGAUAUUUUGUCAUUAUUUAAAAGUUGCUUAAAUCUUGACAUGACUGAACCUUACGCAACACUAUGUCAUGGAGAUUGCUGGAACAACAAUAUGAUGUUCAGAAACGAUCAGAGCGGAAACCCUAUUUCCGUUAAAUUUUUAGACUGGCAAAUAAUGCGCUACAGCUCACCAAUUUUAGAUAUAAUGUAUUAUAUUUUUAGCUGCACGGUUAAGUCAUUGAGAGAUAAGCAUUACCAGGAAUUUAUAAAUUUUUAUUACGAUUCUUUGUCACGUUUUAUUGUCAGACUUGGUUCUGAUCCAGAAAAACUUUUCCCACGACAUGCUUUUGACGAUCAUUUGAAGAAAUUUGGCAAGUUUGGCCUCAUAAUGGGAGUUCUAGUGCUUCCUGUGUUCACUAGUGACGUAGAUGAAGUUCCUGAUAUGGAUGAAUUUGUGUCAAAUCUCAACGAAGUGGAAUCGACAAAUGAAGAAGAUAAUAAUGAAGCUGUAUCAAAAGGAGUCUGCUAUGUUACAACAAAAACAUAUCCAAUCUAUGCUGAAAGGUUACUAGGAGUUUGUGAAGAUUUAUAUAAUUUUGGGUAUUUAUAAGAGCGAUGAAUAAACUUGAAUGCUUUGAUAUGAUUUGAUUGACA